UCGUUAUUAUUUUUACAGAAUUGCCACUAUCCGCCUCACUCUUCAUCUGGUGUCGACGGUCGCCGACUUCUUCCGUCCUUCCCCAGAACCACCGUCCUCUUCCUCUUGUUUCCGUCGCUUUUGCAGCUAUGGAUGACGAAAAUUCGAACCCGUUUCGGAGAAUGUCGAGCCGUACUCGUAAAGUGGCUCCUAAAAUGGCUGCAGCACUUGCCAGCUCUGAUAAUCGAACUCAGGCAGCUUUGGCCCGGCUUGAAGCUUUGGAGAAUGAUAACGCAGGGAUUGAAACAAUUGAACCGAACGAUGAUGAUGAAGCUUCUCUUGAUGACGAUGAUCAAGCAUACAUGCAAAAGAGGUCCAAGGGCACAAAACGUAAAACCCGACAGGCAAAAGCACUUGAAAAUGCUAGGAAGGCUCCGAGAACAUUUCUUGAGCUCUUACACGAGGCAAACCUGGAAUCCUUGCCUGCUCAUGUUCCAUCCUAUUUGAGGGCGGCAGUUGGACCUCCAAGCUCUACCUCCCGCCGGCAUUUCUGCAGUGUUUGCGGAUUUACUGCAAACUAUACAUGCGUGACAUGUGGAAUGCGCUUUUGUUCUGGCCGUUGCCAAAAUAUACAUAAUGAUACUCGAUGUAUGAAAUUUGUUGCUUGAGUGAUGAGACAGGAACCAGAAAAUUUUUGUUUGUAUAGCACAACUCAUCAAAUGCCAAAAAAAAAAUGUUCUCUGUUGUGUACUGUAAUUUUUUCAUAUGUAAUAGUCGCCCCUCUGUAGGAGCUUGUUUGUUGUUAAGACAUCCUCUUCUUGAAGUGAUCGAUGGUAGAUGCUUUUGGACAA